AUGAAGGAGAAGGAACAGCGCUACGUUAUCGAGGAUAUUAUAUGUCCUUUUGGUAUUUUCUAUCGAUAUAAAAAAUAAUUUUAUAUCAUAAAGGAUAAUAGCGAAGUCAAAUAUUUAACAGAAGAGGGAUAAAUUCUUCGAAUGUAAUUAGGCAGCCAUAUAAAAUUAGUGAUAUAACAUCUACGAAUUAACAGGCGGAAGUUUUGAAGAAAUGGGAAUAAAUUGUUAAACUUUAUUGGAAAGGGCAGCAUGAUACAAAUAGAGUAAAAGUUGGAAAAUGGACGGCAACCUGGCAAGGAGAAAUUAUAAAAGAUGUUGGUGGCACUUACAAUAAUUUUGGGGAAAAAUAAGGUUAAUGGAAGGAUUUAAUAACAAAUUAUUGGAGGUAGUAAUAAAGGAAUAAUAAAUAGUUUAGCUCAAGUAUAUGAAGUAGGGAAAUACUAGAAGGGCUUAAGAUAGGGAAAAUGGAUGUUCCUAUAUAAAGAUUAAGAAAUGUGUUAAUAUAUAUUUUAUAAUUAUAUAGCGGGUGUGGAGUGUAUAAUUUAUAAGGUGAAAAAAAUGGAAAGUGGCUGGAAUUGAGCAAUGCAUUUUGUGAGAAUUCCAAAGUAUCAUAUAUUGGUGAAUAUUAUAAUGGUAAAAAAAUUGGUAGAUGGGACAUUUACUUUAAAUAUUAAGGGAAGAAUAACAAAAUGUAUUUAUUGUUAAUUAAUUCUAUAUAAAAAUUUUACAAAUCUUAGUGGAGGUGGGGAAUAUGAUUAAGCACGAAAACAACGUAAAAUUGGGUAAUGGAUUGAUAUUAGUGAUGGGUUUUUUGAAGAUUCUUAAAUAACUUUUCAUGGUGACUAUAAAAAUGGAAAAAAGUUUGGGAAAUGGGAUAUUAUGUUUACUUGGAAUGGAUAGAAUAAGAUGUAAGAAUAUUUAUAUAUUUAAAUACAAUUUUAAAUUAUAGUGGUGGUGGAUUAUAUGAUUAACAUGGUGAAGGACUUAAAAUUGGAAAAUGGAUAGACAUUUAUGAUCAAUAUUAAUAAAAUCGAUAGAUAACUUACAAUGGAGAAUAUAAAAAUGGCAAAAAAGUUAGUAGAUGGGAUAUAUGGUUUAACUAUAUAGGGAAAAGCAAUAAGAUGUAUAUAUAUAUUAUUCAUUCAUGUAAAAUUCUAAAACAUUAGGGGUGGAGGUUCAUACGAUGAAUAAGGUUAAGAACUUAAAGUUGGAUCAUGGCUUGAAUUGAGUGAUGGAUUUUGUGAUUCUUCACAAGUUACUUAUAAUGGUGAAUAUGAAAUUGGUAAAAAAGUUGGUAGAUGGGAAGCUUGGUUUAACAAAGAGGGGAAAAAUAUUAAGAUGUAAUUGUUUUCUUAAUAAUAAUAAAUAAAUAAAAUUCAGUGGUUGUGGCUCAUAUGAUGAAGGUGGUGAAGGUUUUAAAAAUGGUUAAUGGAUUGACGUUCAUGAUCAAUAUCUAGACUGUCGACAAGUAGCCUACUAUGGGGAAUAUAGAUUUGGAAAGAAAGUUGGUAGAUGGGAAAUUAGAUUUGAAGAUAAUGAGAUGUAAUUAUUUUUAUUUAUUUAUUAAUUUUAUAGCGGAGGAGGAUGGUUUGAUUAAGCUGGAGAAGGACUUAAAAAUGGAUAAUGGAUUGAUAUUAGUGAUGGAUUUUACUAAGAAUCUUAAGUAACAUUUCAUGGGGAAUAUUAAAACGGCAAAAAAAUUGGGAGAUGGGAUAUUUGGUAUAACAAAGAAGGAUAAAAUAUCAAAAUGUAUUAAAUUUCUAUAAUAAAAAAAUACUGUUAAAAUUUAGUGGUGGCGGUUCAUAUGAUGAAGAAGGAUUAGGAGUUAAAAUUGGAUAAUGGAUUGAGAUAAGCGAUUAGUUUGAUGAUUAUUAUGAAGUAACUUAGAAGGGCAAAUAUUAAAAUGGUAUAAAAGUCGGUAACUGGUUGGAAAACUUUCGAGGAUUUAACAAAAUUAAAGAAAUUUAAUAUGAUAAUUGA